CUUUUGACUGUUCAAGAAACUCAAAAUAUAUGUUUAGUUUUCCCUUUACAAUCAUAAUUUCUUUUAAUGUACUGUAUGACGUGUACCAGGAUUCUUAUUCUUGUCUUUAUUUUACAUGUCUGCAUCCAACUUUUUUAUAUGUCACACACUUGGAAUUAAAUUUGACGAAGAUGUUUUGUAACUUGUAUGGAUUCCUAAACACCAUUCCUUUAAAAUGGAUGGUGGAUAGGAAACGUUUAACCAAAAAACUAAUGAAUUUGAUGGAUAAGAUUGUUCUUUAAACAUCAAUUUCAUUUUGUAAAACAAUGUCCUAUGUCGGCUAGAAAAUAUAUUAGUCAAAAACGAAUUUUGGUUUCGCCAUGUGUACAUGUAGAGGUCAAGUACGUGAAUAUAAUAACAACCUCUAGCUCUUAGCUCUACUGCUCUAGGCUUGUUUCGUAAAACCUUGGAAGCUUGAAGGCUAAAAGCGUAAAAGAAAAGUCAUGUUUUCAAUAAAUUUCUUGACUUUUAGUUAUAAUAUCUUGACCUUUGUUAUAAUAUCUAACCCAUAGUUUUUCUUUAUAUAUAAUGUGAAUAUGGAAAACACAAGACUUCAUCUUAUAUUCAUCAAUCUUAUUCUUAUUUUCUCUCUGCAGUUUUCAAAAACUUUCUCACUGUUAUCUGCGUCUCUUUUUUGGAUCAAUGGCAAACGCUGAACGUAUGAUAACGCGCGUCCACAGCCAACGUGAGCGUUUGAACGAAACGCUUGUUUCUGAGAGAAACGAAGUCCUUGCCUUGCUUUCCAGGGUUGAAGCCAAAGGUAAAGGUAUUUUACAACAAAACCAGAUCAUUGCUGAAUUCGAAGCUUUGCCUGAACAAACCCGGAAGAAACUUGAAGGUGGUCCUUUCUUUGACCUUCUCAAAUCCACUCAGGAAGCAAUUGUGUUGCCACCAUGGGUUGCUCUAGCUGUGAGGCCAAGGCCUGGUGUUUGGGAAUACUUACGAGUCAAUCUCCAUGCUCUUGUCGUUGAAGAACUCCAACCUGCUGAGUUUCUUCAUUUCAAGGAAGAACUCGUUGAUGGAGUUAAGAAUGGUAAUUUCACUCUUGAGCUUGAUUUCGAGCCAUUCAAUGCGUCUAUCCCUCGUCCAACACUCCACAAAUACAUUGGAAAUGGUGUUGACUUCCUUAACCGUCAUUUAUCGGCUAAGCUCUUCCAUGACAAGGAGAGUUUGCUUCCAUUGCUUAAGUUCCUUCGUCUUCACAGCCACCAGGGCAAGAACCUGAUGUUGAGCGAGAAGAUUCAGAACCUCAACACUCUGCAACACACCUUGAGGAAAGCAGAAGAGUAUCUAGCAGAGCUUAAGUCCGAAACACUGUAUGAAGAGUUUGAGGCCAAGUUUGAGGAGAUUGGUCUUGAGAGGGGAUGGGGAGACAAUGCAGAGCGUGUCCUUGACAUGAUACGUCUUCUUUUGGACCUUCUUGAGGCGCCUGAUCCUUGCACUCUUGAGACUUUUCUUGGAAGAGUACCAAUGGUGUUCAACGUUGUGAUCCUCUCUCCACAUGGUUACUUUGCUCAGGACAAUGUUCUUGGUUACCCUGACACUGGUGGACAGGUUGUUUACAUUCUUGAUCAAGUUCGUGCUCUGGAGAUAGAGAUGCUUCAACGUAUUAAGCAACAAGGACUCAACAUUAAACCAAGGAUUCUCAUUCUAACUCGACUUCUACCUGAUGCGGUAGGAACUACAUGCGGUGAACGUCUCGAGAGAGUUUAUGAUUCUGAGUACUGUGAUAUUCUUCGUGUGCCCUUCAGAACAGAGAAGGGUAUUGUUCGCAAAUGGAUCUCAAGGUUCGAAGUCUGGCCAUAUCUAGAGACUUACACCGAGGAUGCUGCGGUUGAGCUAUCGAAAGAAUUGAAUGGCAAGCCUGACCUUAUCAUUGGUAACUACAGUGAUGGAAAUCUUGUUGCUUCUUUAUUGGCUCACAAACUUGGUGUCACUCAGUGUACCAUUGCUCAUGCUCUUGAGAAAACAAAGUACCCGGAUUCUGAUAUCUACUGGAAGAAGCUUGACGACAAGUACCAUUUCUCAUGCCAGUUCACUGCGGAUAUUUUCGCAAUGAACCACACUGAUUUCAUCAUCACUAGUACUUUCCAAGAAAUUGCUGGAAGCAAAGAAACUGUUGGGCAGUAUGAAAGCCACACAGCCUUUACUCUUCCCGGAUUGUAUCGAGUUGUUCACGGGAUUGAUGUGUUUGAUCCCAAGUUCAACAUUGUCUCUCCUGGUGCUGAUAUGAGCAUCUACUUCCCUUACACAGAGGAGAAGCGUAGAUUGACUAAGUUCCACUCUGAGAUCGAGGAGCUCCUCUACAGCGAUGUUGAGAACAAAGAGCACUUAUGUGUGCUCAAGGACAAGAAGAAGCCGAUUCUCUUCACAAUGGCUAGGCUUGAUCGUGUCAAGAACUUGUCAGGUCUUGUUGAGUGGUACGGGAAGAACACCCGCUUGCGUGAGCUAGCUAACUUGGUUGUUGUUGGAGGAGACAGGAGGAAAGAGUCAAAGGACAAUGAAGAGAAAGCAGAGAUGAAGAAAAUGUAUGAUCUCAUUGAGGAAUACAAGCUAAACGGUCAGUUCAGGUGGAUCUCCUCUCAGAUGGACCGGGUAAGGAACGGUGAGCUGUACCGGUACAUCUGUGACACCAAGGGUGCUUUUGUCCAACCUGCAUUAUAUGAAGCCUUUGGGUUAACUGUUGUGGAGGCUAUGACUUGUGGUUUACCGACUUUCGCCACUUGCAAAGGUGGUCCAGCUGAGAUCAUUGUGCACGGUAAAUCGGGUUUCCACAUUGACCCUUACCAUGGUGAUCAGGCUGCUGAUACUCUUGCUGAUUUCUUCACCAAGUGUAAGGAGGAUCCAUCUCACUGGGAUGAGAUCUCAAAAGGAGGGCUUCAGAGGAUUGAGGAGAAAUACACUUGGCAAAUCUAUUCACAGAGGCUCUUGACAUUGACUGGUGUGUAUGGAUUCUGGAAGCAUGUCUCGAACCUUGACCGUCUUGAGGCUCGCCGUUACCUUGAAAUGUUCUAUGCAUUGAAGUAUCGCCCAUUGGCUCAGGCUGUUCCUCUUGCACAAGAUGAUUGAAGAGAAGAGAAAAGACUCGGAACCAGUAAAGAGUUUGAAGAGAGUGGUUCCGGUGUUUGAAGAAUAAAACAAGAUCUCCUUUUGAUUCUUAUUAUCAUUCGGAUUGGGAAGCGCAUUUUGUGUUCCUCUGCUUCUUUGUUAUUUCAAUCAUUUGUCUUUGUUUUCCUUUGCCUCUGUGGCAUUGCUUUGAAUUCUGGCUGUUGGGAGAUUCCCCUUCUAAUUGCAGUAAAGUGUCUUUUGCAAAAUAUUUCUCAAUAUUUACAUCUUCCAGUAACCAAAUGCACCUUAUUAGCAAAGAAGUGUGACCAUUAUCAGAUCACAAAACAAUAUCAAUAUUUGUUUGUUAAAGUUGGGCUUAUUUCUAUGGUGGACUAACAGUGGA